UAUAAAGAUGAGUUUGAAUGUGAAUAAGAAGUUGCGAGGGUCUUCGAUCUAUGCGCUUCAUUUCAUACAAGCAGGGUUCCUGUACACCAGUUUCCAUAAUUUGGCUUACCCUCUUUUCGGUCGAUACUUCAAUCUGGCUUCACAUCAGUAUUCAAGCCUGCGAUCGCUCUACUCAUUGGCUUGGGGAUGCAAAAUAUUCUUCAGUUUCUGCAGUGACUCUUUGCCUGUUUUUGGCUACAGAAGAUUGCCUUAUUUGGUCACCGCUCUUUCCGCCAUCUCAAUUAUCCUCCUAAUUUUGAGUCUCAAACCCAUGCCCGAACCCUAUUACGCAAUAGAAUCGGGCAAUAAUUGCACUCAAAAACUAUCCGACUCGCCUCAAAACCCCGAGGCUCCGAACGAAGCAACUUCAUACGUGCUUCUAUUUUUCCUAUGGUACUGGGCUUUAGCCUGCUCCGAUUCGACAAUCGAUGCGCUGAUAACUCAGAGGUCAAAACUCGAACCCGACGAAAAACGAGGCACUUUAAUUUCGUGCGCUCGCAUAUCGCGACAAUUGGGGUCUAUGUUUGCAUACUUAGCAGUCGGAAUUCUAUUCAAUACUGUAAAUUAUGGAGGUAGUUUUUGUGGUUUUGAGUUUAAAUUCAACCAUUUCACGUGGAUUUUAUUUGUGUUUACAAUUGUCGGUCUUAUUUAUGCUUUGAUGUUUACUAACGAGAAAGAUAUUGACAAGGAGAAAGAAAAAAUUGAGGUGAAACGGAAGUUGGCCGAGCUGUGGUCUCUUUUUCACAAAUGGUACUAUUUGAAGCUCCUCAUAUUUGCAGUGUACAUUUCUCUGAUUUCGAGCAUAAGGAGCCCCGCGAUUCUGAAAAUUCAAAUCCAUUGGGCGCAAGUGAACCCGAUUACCAUUGGGUUUGUUCAUGUUGUCGGCGGGCUUAUCGCAAGUGGCGGAAUGAUCAUCUACCUCAAAUUUUUUCUCGCCUCUAAUUGGCGCAAAAUUCUCGCCGUAGUAACAAUAUUCGAAGUUUUCACAGAAUUACCAGUUGUCACAAUGACGAUAUUUGACGUGAUUCGCAAUCAGUACUUUUGGUUCGUCGACGACUUGGUAUACUCGUUGACUCGCUUUUGGUUUGAUUACGUCAUGGAGCUCGUAAUUGUCGAGUAUGCUUCGAACGGAAUCGAAGUUUACAGACAGAUGAAGGUCAAUGGCCCAGGGACGUCACAUCGAAAUGACCUUAGUAGCACGACAAUCUACUUAAAUGUCAAAUAA